AUGUCUAGUAAAGACGGUCACGCUGAAUCCUAUCCCGCUGGAGACUUCGCGACACAGCCUGUCAAGCGUCAAAGAUGGUAUCAUCUCUAUGGCAAAGAUCUCAGCCACGUACCAGUCGACGAAGGCUACUCGACAGGCUCAGAGACCGCUUCCCUACACAGUGACUUUGUGAAUAACCAUCACAAUGUCUUUGCUGCUCCCGAAGCCGUGGAUAUCUACAAGAUAGUAGAUGGCUUCGAGGGUGCUCACCGCUUCGAGCCUUCUGCGACUUGGGAAGCCCAGGAGGAGGAGAAGCUGGUAAGACGGCUGGACCGUGGCAAUAUUGUUCAAGCUCUUUCGGAUGGCAUGCUAAAUGAUCUCGGUCUCACGACAAAUGACUACAACAAUGGCAUGACGAUAUUUUACUGUUCGUUCCUAUUCGCAGAGCUCCCAUCACAAGUCAUUGGGAAGAAGCUUGGACCAGACGUCUGGAUCCCUAUCCAGAUGGUACUCUGGAGUGUCGUGGCAAUGUCGCAAGCCGCGCUUCAAGGAAGGACUAGCUUCUUUGUUUGCCGCUGGUUGCUUGGAAUGCUCGAAGGAGGGUUCAUCCCCGACACCAUUCUUUAUCUUUCGUACUUUUACAAGAAUGUGGAGCUCCCCCGACGCCUAAGUUGGUUUUGGACAUCGUACCAAGGCACGCAGAUUAUUGGUGCCUUUUUGGCAUACGGUAUUCUCCACCUCAGGGGCCACAGUGGGCUGCAUGAAGGCUGGAGGUAUCUCUUCUUGAUUGAGGGAUCCUUCACUGCACUUAUCGGCAUACUAACCUUCCUCUACUUACCGCCAUCCCCUACACAGACGGCUCGCACAGGCUGGAAAGGUUUACUGCGACCCAAGGCUGGAUGGUUCACUGAACGCGAAGAGAUCAUCAUGAUCACACGAGUUCUUCGGGAUGAUCCUGGCAAGGCUACCAUGCACAACCGCCAGGGCUUAACGGGCAGCCUGAUAUGGGAAGCUCUCACUGACUACGACAUGUGGCCUAUCUACCUCAUCGGUCUUUCCUGGGGUAUUCCUAACGCGCCUCCCCAAGCAUAUAUUACACUGACCUGCAAGGCUCUUGGUUUUGAUACUUUCCAUACCAAUCUUCUUACCAUUCCGGCAUAUACCUUGUUCAUUAUACAGCUACUGUUCUGGACCUGGGUAUCCGAGAGGAUCAAUCAGCGUGUUCUUCUCGGUGUUAUCGGCCAGCUAUGGUCCUUACCACUUCUGGUUUCCCUGGUCACUUUGCCUCCCAUCUUCCCGGGCUGGAAAUGGACAAAAUGGACUCUUUCUACACUUCUUGUCGGCGCUCCCUACCCUCAUGCGAUUCUUGUGGCCUUGACGUCUCGCAAUGCCGGAUCCGUCCGCACUCGUACUGUUGGCUCCUCGCUCUACAACAUGAGCGUUCAAAUGUCGAGCAUUAUAUCCUCACAGAUCUACCGUAAGGACGAUGCACCAUACUAUUACACUGGAAAUAAAGCGCUACUUGGUGUCUUGAGUUAUAAUAUCUUGAUCUACAUCUUCAUCAAGGUCUACUAUGUUAGGGAAAAUAAUAGAAGAGAUAAGAUCUGGGAAGGCAUGAGCAGGGAAGAGAGAAUUAAUUAUCUAAAAACAACAACUGACAAGGGAAACAAGAGGCUGGAUUUCAGGUUUGCUUCAUAA